CAAAAGACAUAAAAUUUGAAGAGUCAGAUUAGCAAGGGAGUUCAUAUCCUAGUAAAACUCGAAGUCCCGAUUCGCGAAGAGAAACCACCUGUCCCAAGCCCCUGUUCUACUUUUCUUCCGUACAAUAUUCCUUCACACACACAGAGACUGGAAAAACAGAGAAGACGAAGAAUAAGAAGAAGUUGAACCUCUUUGCUCUCUCUGUUCUCUCUGUUUGCAAUUUUGAAGAUGGAGGACCAGAAGAAGAAGAAGCAGAGUAGUGAGGAGGAUCGACCUGUGAGAGUUUAUGCAGAUGGGAUAUAUGAUCUCUUUCACUUCGGCCAUGCCCGUUCUCUCGAGCAAGCCAAGAAAUCGUUCCCAAAUACAUACCUGCUUGUUGGCUGCUGCAAUGAUGAAGUUACCCACACUUACAAGGGCAAAACUGUUAUGACCGACAAGGAGCGCUAUGAAUCACUCCGACACUGCAAAUGGGUGGAUGAAGUUAUCCCUGAUGCGCCAUGGGUCCUCACGCAAGAGUUUCUUGACAAACAUCAGAUCGACUAUGUUGCCCAUGAUUCUCUUCCCUACGCUGAUACAAGUGGGGCUGGAAAGGAUGUCUAUGAAUUUGUUAAGUCUGUAGGAAAGUUUAAGGAAACAAAACGAACUGAUGGUAUCUCUACAUCUGAUAUCAUAAUGAGGAUUGUCAAAGAUUACAACCAGUAUGUCAUGCGUAAUUUGGACCGUGGUUACUCAAGAAAGGAUCUAGGUGUUAGCUAUGUGAGGGAAAAGCGGCUGAGAGUGAAUAUGGGACUGAAAAAGCUACGUGAGAGGGUGAAAGAGCACCAAGAGAAAGUUGGAGAGAAGAUACAAAUUGUAGCCAAAAUGGAUCGUAAUGAAUGGGUGGAGAAUGCUGACCGAUUAGUUGCUGGAUUUCUUGAGAUGUUUGAAGAAGGUUUCCAUAAAAUGGGAACUGUUAUAAGGGACCGAAUUCAAGAGGGAAUUAGGAAGCAACAAUUAAAAAGGCUUUUAUAUGAUGAAGACGAUGAUGAUGAGAUAUACGGUGAUGAAUAUGAAGAAGAAAACUAUGAUGAGGACGAAAAUUAACUAAGUUAUUGUUCAAGUUGUCCUCUGAUUGGCUGAUAUACCUGGCCAAGAAACAGCUUUCUUUAGCUUCAAUCUCUACACAAUUAUUAGAAAAUUCUAUAAUUUCUGUUUGAUGUAAUUAGCACAUAAUGCACAUUUGUAUGGCGUGGGCAUUUACUGAUCUAUAUGGGCAUUGUACGAAGAACUUUACUGAAAUGGAUGUCCAUUUCAAGAUUUAUGUAAAGGUCCAAGAAGCAGUUGGUGAUUUUUGUCCAA